AUGAAUACAGACAAAUUAAAAUCUAAUAAAACUCGAUUAAAAUCUAAUGAUUCUAUUGAACAUCUUCGUCAAAAGUCUACUGAAUAUUUAUUUCAACCAAUAAUACAAACAAAUGAUAUAAAUAAUCAACGUAAACCACCGUCACCAUUUCAAACUGGUCUUAAAUAUUUAAAAUUAUUAGGUCAAGUUAAACGACAAAAUGAAAAUAUUUCAAAUGAUACACAUCAAAUAAAAUCAACAAUUAUUGAUCGACUUGAACGUACAUCAGCAUUUUUAACAAAUUAUUAUGCACCAUUACCAUCUCUUUCAAUUAAUUUAACAAAUAAAUCUAUUCAAGUUGAUAAUUUUGAUGAAUUAUCAUAUAAAACUGCACUAAAUAAUAAUUAUUCAUAUUUAUCUUUCUAUGAAUUUUUAUUAAGUUUUAUUUUACUUUUAUUAUUUAUUUCAAUAAUUUUAUUUCUUCAAUUAAAUUCAUAUCCUAUACAUUGUUUAAUACAUAAAAACUUUUGGUAUUCAAAUGAUUUAUCAAAUGGUUUUCUAUGUGAAAAUACAAAUAUUGAAAUUCAUUAUGUUGAAAUUUAUUCAAUCAUUUAUCAAAUUGAAAUUAAAAAAAAUUCUAAAUCAAUAAAUUGUUUAGGUUUUGAUAUACUUUCUUGUUUACCAAUUGAUUAUUUAUUAGUACCUAAAGGACAAACUAUUCAUCGUAAUGACCAAUUAAUUAAAUAUUGUAAUCAUACACAAAAAAUUCAUUGUAAUAAUCAUUUAUUAAGUAUUUUACCAUAUGAAUAUAAAUGGAAUUUAAAAAAUAAUCAUUUCAAUGAAUUAAUUCAUUGUUCAUGUUUAACAUAUUCAAACAAUACAAAAUGUUUUCAUUUUAAAAUUAAUAAUCAAUGUGAUUUACAUAUACCAUGGUUCGAUUAUUGUCUUAAACAUUCAACAACAAGUUCAGUAUGUCAAGCAUAUAUUAAGAAAUUAUAA